AUGGCCUUUAAAGUGCAGAUCGAUGCGCUCCUGACCGCUAUAGCCAUGGUGUACAUAGAUGCAAAGAUUUCUUGUCGUCUUUGCGGUUUAUACGUUAACUUUUGCAGCUUCAAGUCCUUAUUUGGGCUAAGUAGUGGUGCAGAUGAUAAAGAAAGCAGAAGUCAUCUAAGAAGAUCGAACGCUGGUGGUGGAGGUGGCAGAUGGCCUGGUAGCGGUGGACCCGGAGGACCUGGGAGAAAUGGUGGAUUCCGGCGUAAUAUAGGAGGUUUACCUCGUUCCAGCGGUAUGUCGUGUCCACCAAUGGCAGCUAAAUGUCUGGGUAGCGCCCAGACAGACAGUGGCAUGCGUCGUGAUUCGGCCUGUGGAACAUUUUCAAUUACUUGUCUACUUGAUUACCUGGCUCCGAUUUCACUUCAGUUCAUUGCCACGCCUCCUCAUUAUGGGCGGUGCUUUGUGACGCUUACACGCUAA